AAUUUCAAACAUGCAUUACUUCUUUACUAAUGCACCGGAUAAAGAUUGGUUUUUAUAUUAAAUCUUUAAAUUUUCUUAAUCAUCAUUAUUUUAUUUAUAAAUUUGUUUUUGGGACUAUUAAUCCCAUAGUACAUGGAUUCUAAUGGUGGUUGAACUAUCUAUCCUUUAUUGGAACUACCCACCAUUAAUUCAAAACUCCAUUUCCUUCCAACUUUCCUUUCUUUUCUUUUCUUGUAGUAAUUGUUGUAUUUAAUUCUGGUGGUCUAGCUUCCCUGUUCCUCAGGGUUUCACAGCUUAUAUUUUUUCUUUUUAGCUGAUUUUAGUUUCAUAUUUGCUUAAUAGCCACACACACAAAAAACUAUGGAUAGGGAUAGCAUAGAGAUGGAUAAAGAGCGGUUGACGGCGGAAAUGGCGUUCAAAGACUCAUCCUCCGCCGUCAUCAAGAUCCGUAAACGGUUGCCUGAUUUCUUACAAUCUGUAAAACUUAAAUAUGUGAAGUUAGGUUAUGGCUAUUCAUGUAAUCCCGCUACCGUGCUUAUGUUUGCUUUAAUCGUACCGUUGUUCGUCGUCACGGCGGUUCAGUUCACCGGUCUGAAACUUGACGGAGUUUCCGAGUUAUGGACUAACCAAGCCCUUCGGUUAGAAAGCAUUGAUGCCGCAACGAGGCUAGCCGGUUCGUUAAUCUUAUUCUUCUUGUUCGGUCUCUACUACGCGAAACGCUCUAGACCGGUUUAUCUCGUCGACUUCGCUUGUUACAAACCGGAAGACGAUCGUAAAAUGUCGGUCGACUCGUUUUUGAAGAUGACGGAAGAUAGCGGUGCUUUCACGGAGGAAACACUUCAGUUUCAAAGAAGGAUAUCGACCCGGUCCGGUUUAGGCGACGAAACAUAUUUCCCGAGAGGGAUAACGUCAACACCGCCGAAUCUGUGUAUGGAAGAAGCUCGAGCUGAAGCGGAAACUGUCAUGUUCGGAGCCGUCGAUGAACUUUUUGCAAAAACCGGAGUUGACCCGAAGGAAAUCGGUAUCCUUAUAGUGAACUGCAGCUUGUUUAAUCCAACACCAUCGUUAUCCGCCAUGAUUGUAAACCAUUACAAGCUACGUACAAACAUCAACAGCUAUAAUCUUGGUGGAAUGGGGUGUAGUGCUGGUCUUAUAUCAAUCGAUUUAGCUAAAAACCUUCUUCAAUCAAACCCCAACACGUAUGCUUUAGUGGUAAGCACUGAAAACAUUACAUUAAACUGGUAUUUUGGCAACGACAGGUCUAUGUUGUUAUGCAAUUGUAUAUUCCGAAUGGGCGGAGCCGCCGUGUUGUUAUCGAACAAACCACGGGAUAAGUCUCGUUCAAAGUACCAACUUGUUCACGUGGUUCGAACCCAUAAAGGUGCUGAUGACAAACAUUACAACUGUGUUUAUCAAAGAGAAGAUGACAAAGGAACCAUCGGUGUCUCAUUAGCUCGUGAAUUAAUGGCUGUCGCCGGUGAUGCUUUGAAAACGAACAUCACUACUUUAGGUCCUCUUGUUUUACCAUUUAAAGAACAGUUCAUGUUCUUUGUCACCCUUGUUAGAAAGAAGAUUUUGAAAGCCAAAGUGAGUCCUUAUAUACCCGAUUUUAAGCUUGCUUUCGACCAUUUUUGUAUCCAUGCCGGUGGAAGAGCAGUAUUAGAUGAAUUACAGAAGAAUCUACAGUUAACAGAUUGGCAUAUGGAACCAUCAAGGAUGACUUUAUAUAGAUUCGGGAACACAUCGAGUAGUUCGUUAUGGUAUGAAUUGGCUUACACAGAAGCUAAAGGUCGUGUCUCGGAUGGUGAUCGGGUAUGGCAGAUAGCAUUCGGGUCGGGUUUUAAGUGUAACAGUGCUGUAUGGAGAGCUCUUAGGUCGACUCCCAUGGCGGAAUCAAGGGGUAAUCCAUGGAAGAAUGAAAUUGAAAAGUAUCCGGUCAAGGUAUCUUUUGCUUGAUAUUGUUGUCGUCUAACUGUACCAAUGUGGCAUCAUCAACAAUUUAAUUUGCAUGUGAAGCAUUUGAUAUGAAAAGUGACCUGGUUGGGAGGCUGGCUGUGGGGGCAUUUGCCGUUGGCGGUAGGCUGUGGGGUUUUCUGUCUUUUCAAUAUUCUUAAUUGUUCUAAUGUUUUUUUCUUUUUGCUCUUUUUUAGUUUCGGUGAAAUGCAAUGAGGAACUAUUUUUAGUUAAAUUUAAUAGAUUCAAUAUGAAUAA